GGGACGGCGGAGGAGGGGGCAGGGACCCUGCCCAAGGGGCGUGGGGCGUGUUUGCGGGAUGGCCAGUUCCAGCCGCCGGUGGGCAGCGGGCGAUCGGAGCCCGGAGGGGCCCGCGCGGGCCUCGGGCCCCCGGAGGUUAAAGGUGGCUGCGGCCGGGCCGGGGCCGGAAAGGGUUAAAGUACCUGCCUCCCGGCGGGGGCCCUCGCGGCCGGCCCCGCCUCCAGAGGCUUAGGGAGAGAGCCAGGAAUCCUCUGGCCGCAGCGGCGGCGGCGGCGGCUCGCUUUUCCUCUCCUCCCUGCCCUCGCUGCUCGCGGCUCGCGGCUCCCUCCGUGCUCUCGUCGCUCCUCUCGGGCCGCGUCCGUCCUCCUCCCUCCCCGCGCCCCCCAGCAGCAGCCGCAGCAGCCCCCCGCCCCGCCGUGCCCAGCAUGUCCCAGUGGAAGAAGACCAUCUACCGCUCGGUGUGCCUGUCCUUGGUGCUGCUCGUGGCCCUGACGGUGCUGCAGCGCGGCCUGACCCCCGGCCAGUUCCUCGACCUGUCCCAGCCCAAGGCUGGGAAGUUGGCGGCCCCCAUGGGCUUCUGGGAGCCGCCCCCCGAGACCACGCCCCCGCCCCCGGUCUGGGACGUGACGGUGUCCAACUGCUCGGCCAACGGCAACCUGUCGGGGCAGUCGUGGUUCCAGGCCCUGGAGCCCCACUUCCAGCAGUUCCUGCUCUACCGCCACUGCCGCUACUUCCCCGUCCUGCUGAACCACCCCGAGAAGUGCCGGGGCGACGUGUACCUGCUGGUGGUCGUGAAGUCGGUCAUCACGCAGCACGACCGGCGCGAGGCCAUCCGGCGGACGUGGGGCCGCGAGCGGGAGGCCGAGGGGGCGCGGGGCGCCGUGCGCACGCUCUUCCUGCUGGGCACGGCCUCCAAGGCGGAGGAGCGGGCCCACUACCAGCAGCUGCUGGCCUACGAGGACCGGCUGUACGGGGACAUCCUGCAGUGGGACUUCCUGGACACCUUCUUCAACCUGACGCUCAAGGAGGUGCACUUCCUCAAGUGGCUGGACGCCUUCUGCCCGCACGCGCGCUUCGUCUUCAAGGGCGACGACGACGUCUUCGUCGGCCCCGACAACGUGCUGGAGUUCCUGGCGGACCGGCGGCCGGACGAGGACCUGUUCGUGGGCGACGUGCUGGCGCGGGCGCGGCCCAUCCGCAAGAAGGACAACAAGUACUACAUCCCGACGGCCCUGUACGGCAAGGCCCUGUACCCGCCCUACGCCGGCGGCGGCGGCUUCCUCAUGGCCGGCGGCCUGGCGCGCCGCCUGCUGCGCGCCUCCGAGGGCCUCGAGCUCUACCCCAUCGACGACGUCUUCCUGGGCAUGUGCCUGCAGGUGCUGGGCGUGGAGCCGACGGCCCACGUGGGCUUCAAGACGUUCGGCAUCAUGCGCAACAAGAGCAGCCCCAUGAACAAGGAGCCCUGCUUCUUCCGCUCCAUGCUGGUGGUCCACAAGCUGCUGCCCGCCGAGCUGCUCGCCAUGUGGGAGCUGGUCCACAGCAACCUCACCUGUUCCCGCAAGCUCCAGGUGCUCUAGCCCGCGGCCCCCCAGGGAAGGACGCGGGGCCGGGGGGCUCGGUGAUCCCAGGGGACCCCCUUUGGUUUCGUCGUUUCUUUUUUAAGAGACUCGUUGGGGAGGGGGCGCAGGGGAGACCCCGGGGCUCCCUCUAGCUCCCCAGUUUUACGCAGGCGAGUAUUCUCGUCCCCGGGAGGCAGGGCUCGGGCGGCCGGACCCCCCCAGGCCCUCCGGCCCCAUGGUGGGCCCUCGCACAAACAGGCCUGCGGAGAAAACCACCUCGAUCACCACUAACUCCUCUCUGGACUCCGGGCCUUUGGCCGUGCCCACCGAGCAGGGCCCCCGGGAGCUCCCGGAAACCUCCUCGUCCCUCGCGGGUGCCGGGCCUCCCGAAGCCAGUCGGUCUUGGGAAGGAAAAGCCGUUCCCUGUGACUACCUCAAAGGCUCCCCUCUUUGGAAUCCUCCUGCCUGGGACGCUGGAUGUCCUGGCCGCUGACCCGAGCUCCCAGCCCCUGCGCCCCCUUCUCUCCCCUGGAGCGCCAUUCACAGCCCUCGUCCCCCGGGCAGGUGACUGGGGAGUGUUUUCUGAGCUACUGUGAAGUUUUAUUUAUGAAGGCUUUUAGCGGGGGCAGAAGGGAGAAAAUGCAGGCGGCAGAGGCGCCCCCUCCCCAACCUGCUCUCUGUUCGCCCCCUUGCCCUGUGCCCCCACCCCACGUCCAGAGCAGCAUUCGCCCCCGUGGACACCGGGCCUCCCUCGUCCGCCUUCCCCUCCCGCCCCCCGAGGUCUGCGAUCUGGGGGGGCCUGUAUUUAUGACAGUGUGAGUGUGAAGAGGGCAGCUUCCGCUGCACCCCAGCUGGGAGUCAACUGGACGAAUCUGUCUCACUCGUUUUGUUAAUAAAAAGGGAAACAUUGAGAAA